CUGUCUUUGUCUUUUCUCGUAGGCCGUCAUCAUGGGGGAGUGGUCCUUCCUGUCGGAUCUGUUGGACAAGGUGCAGUCCCACUCCACUGUAGGGGGGAAGGUCUGGAUGAGUGUUCUUUUCCUCUUCAGGAUCUUCAUCCUGGCUGCUGGCGUAGAUAAAAUAUGGGGCGACGAACAAUCCAACAUGGACUGUAACACCGGGAGCGUUGGCUGCAAGAACACCUGCUACGAUCGAUACUUCCCCCUUUCUCACACGCGCUUCUGGGUCCUCCAGAUCCUCAUGGUCUCCACUCCAGCCGUCAUGUACCUGGGCCAUGUCCUGCUGGUAAUUCGCAGAGAAAACAAGCUGAGGAGGCGCAUCGAGCAGAAGCUAGGUCAAAUCGGGAUGAAUAAAGCUCCAAAGUAUUCAGACGAAUUCGGCCAGGUGCAGCUGAAGGGCGUCCUGCUGGUCAGCUACUUGAUGCAGGUGCUGUUCAAGAUCCUGUUGGAAGUGGCCUUCAUUGUAGGCCAGUACUACCUCUACGGCUUCAUACUAAUGCCUCUUAAGAUCACAUGCUCUGAAUACCCCUGCCCAUCACAGGUGAACUGCUUCAUAAGUCGUCCCACAGAGAAAACCAUCUUCAUCGUCUUCAUGUUGGCGAUGGCCGUCCUCUCGGUGAUCCUCAACAUCAUCGAGAUGUUCCACCUGAUGAUCUCAAAGGUGAGGGGGAGGAAAAGAAGAAGCAGUGGCUCGGAGGUGUUAAUCCAACUGAAGGAGUCACAGCGUGUUGAAAGACUGUGAGCGGAGAGCUUUUUGGAACUUUGCUUCAAUGGUGUUAUACAUAAGGUUUGAAUCACAGCCAGUUUUACAACUUGCAUCUCCGGCACCAACUGUCAUAUUUUUUUUAUUUCAAGCUCUUCAUAAAUCAGUUCUGCUGGAAGUAGCAGGAGAGAUGUAUCAAAUGACAUUAUCCGAUUCAAGAACAUGGAAUGCGGAGUUGUGCUUUAGUGAAACUUGAAUAAUAAAUAGGAUAAGAACUUUAUUGACACGAAGAAUGUUUGUUUUGCUUUUUAGACCCCAAAAAUCUCCAAUAUAUUGCAGUUUUAUAAAAAAAAUGUAGUUCAUCAAUAUACCCAGAACAUUUCCAUUGGUUUUCUCAGUGUCACCUGUAACAUAUGUCCAGAUGUUGUUUAUUAGUAUGAGUGGCCUGUCUUGGACCAUAGGAACAACAUGUAUGCAUUUUGAAAACAGGCCAAGUUCCCCUUAAGUUAAGAGUUAAUGGUUGUUUUCUACAUCUUGUGCUAGACAAUGUUUUUUCUUUUGGUCUUAUCCCAGUGCUUGGUAACAUGCAACAAAAACACGUGAAAAAUCGUGAUUGGUAUUUUCUUUCUGAGAAUCACUAAAAUACAUAUUUAAAAAAUACAAUUACAAAUGUAUCACAUUACCACAGCUUUGGCUCAGCAGCAGUUUUUGCUGCAAUACUAUCACAAUAAUAUUAUCCGAGACCGUGUGAUUGUAGAUUGAUUUUUUUUUGUAAUUCUUUAUUCUGUCUCAAUUUGAUCAAAUGUUUUGUUUUAUUAUAAUUACGUUGUGUCCCUUUUGUGUAUGUUAUUCUUUAUUGUUUGGAAUGUGGACUCUAUUUGCAGCAUGUGAUAAUAAACUUUAUCUCAUUCUGAA